AUGGGGAGCAAGCGCUUGACCUCUGCUCGUAAUCACACGGGCGCCUGGCUCACAUCAAUACUGGUUGUUAUCACAUUCGUGGUAUUCCAUGUGAUAUUCCCAGCGCUGGAUCAAGAGCAGGGUGAUCCCGCUGUGCAAGGGCUGUCGGUGGUAGAUCGAUGGAUCAAGGAACAGGACGGGCAGGAAUUACGAGUGAAGCGCUUCUAUAAUGGAGACGCGUCGCUAAUGGUACCUUUCCUAGACAAAAUAAACAAGUACUGGCAUGUCAGUGGCACGGCGCAGAUCAAGAAUUGGGAACAUAUCGAGUUGUCGCUCCGGGGACAGAAGGAUCGCUGGGGAGUACUUCUCUCGAAUGGGAUCGGGGAUAACACGAUCAACGACUUCGAGACCAUUGUGGAUUUCAGCAUUGACACGCAAUCUUACAAUGCACCUGUAGGUGAUGGUAUGGCGAUUGUACUCACUUCGCAGCAGGACUACAUGCGGGAGGACCUCCAUUCUUCCUAUGCUCGAAAACAAUACAUGCUGAAUACUGCUCUGGAGAUGGACAAUCAUGACUUGAUGGGCUUUCCGCGCAAUCUUCCAGGUCUGGCAAUCGUCUUGGAUACAUACAAGAAUGAUCCGGAGACCAAGCUGGCGCCUCCGUUUAUAUCGAUGUUCCUAAACAAGGACCCAAGCAGCGAAUACUACGACGCUGCCAGCGAUGGCCGUCGCUCAACGUCUUUGCAGCUGAUGCAUCUGCCGGCACAUCUUUCAGGUCGCAAAACGAGAAUUCGCAUUAUAUACCUUGAAAGCGUAGGCUUUCUCAAGGUUGAUAUCGACUACAGUGGGAAGAACCAGUGGAUACAGCUCUUUAAGCAGCAGACCGGCGUACAGCUCCCAAAGAAUCCUGUUACGGGGGAAAGAUACAUUGGAAUAGGUUCCAAGACUGGCACAUACUCGCAGACUGUGAUUCUGAAUAAUGUUGAGACGUAUGAAUACCACUGGGCGUCGUCUACCUCUGCAGAGGGAGCCGAGGGCGAGGAUACCUUUGACUACGUCCAAGAAAUCACCAAGUUCCUGAAAUGGCAGCUAGGGGAGUCAAUUAAGAUGGAAGAAGAUGAGUACAUGAAGUGGUCCUUAAUACGGACGCAGAUGUUUGACAGUGAUCUAACCAGGUUAAGGGACGCGCCACCCCCAAAGAAGAGGUGGAGCCCCUUAGGGUUUCUGAAGCGUACUUGUAUAUGGUUUGCGAUCACUGUAUGUGUUUACCUCGUGUCAGUGUAUAUCAGGGUGAUCCUGCGGAGAAAAGGCAUUCUCAGAAGCAGGCUUUACAAAAGGAACUUUCCCGUCGGCCUAUUAGGAUAG